CUCCGCCCGGCACUGGACGGAGCCCGCGCGCCUCAGGGAGCUGUCCGCGCGAAAAAUUAUUCUUCAUAUCUGAAAAAUCAUGUGCAAGUUAAACAGCAUCUUGGAGACUCUCGAAUUCCUGAUUUUAUUAGGAUAUUACUACUUUGAGGCUUUCAUUCUGUUUAUUUGUCCUCCAUGUAAAAAGAAUGUUGCUGGUGAAAUAGUGCUUAUUACAGGAGCUGCAAAUGGGAUUGGAAGGCAGAUUGCCUUAAAUUUUGCUCGUCUUGGGGCUACCCUGGUUUUCUGGGACAUUGAUGAAGAAGGUAACAAAGAGACGAUUAAACUAGCCAAAGAAAAUGGAGCCAAAGGAGUUUAUGCCUACAGGUGUGACUGCAGCAAUAGGGAAGAAGUCUACAGAGUGGCAGAUCAGGUUAGAAAAGAAGUUGGGGAUGUUAAUAUCCUAGUCAAUGAUGCAGGCAUAGCAAAUGUGAAAACAUUUCUUGACCUUCCAGAUGCUGAUAUGGAGAAAACUAUAAGGGUGAACGUCAUGGCCCAGUUCUGGACUUGCAAAGCCUUCCUUCCAGCUAUGAUUGCCUGUAACCGUGGACACUUGGUUAGUAUCUCAAGUGGAACUGGACUUAUUGGUGCCAAUAAACUGACAGGUUAG